AUGCACAAGGGCAACACAUGGCUGAAAUCUCUACCUCUAAUGAUCCCAUCGUUAAAGGGGUUAACGCCAUCACAACAAGAAGUGGUAAAGCUUUGGAAGAUCCAUCCAUCAAAACCACUACUUCAAAUUCAAAAGUUGCCCCUGACAAAGGCACCGAUAAAUGGUCAAGCAAAAGUACCAUUUCCCUGUGCUCUUAGACCUGUUGGGAAAAUUCCUGAAAACCGAGCUGAACUCCUUGAGCACUUGACACAAGUGAAGAUUAAUCUUCCUUUGCUUCACAUCAUAAAACAAGUGCCAGCUUAUGCCAAAAUCAUCAAGGACUUGUGCACUGCUAAGAGAAAGCACCAUGUCAAGAAGACUGCUUUCUUGACUGAACAAGUGAGUGCGGUGAUCGAACAAAAGACACCGCCAAAAUACAAAGAUCCUGGUUGUCCCACCAUUUCAUGCCAAAUUGGGACUCAUGAAGUCAGCCAAGCUUUGCUUGACCUUGGCGCGAGUGUGAAUCUCAUGCCUUACUCUGUGUACUCGCAACUUGGUCUUAGAGAAAUGAAGCCAACAUCUGUUGUGCUGCAGCUUGCUGACCGCUCUAUCAAAAAGCCUCGGGGUAUCGUUGAGGAUGUUCUUGUUCAAAUUGAGAAAUUCUAUUAUCCCGUGGACUUCCUUGUUCUGGAUACUCAAUCUGUGGUCAACAUGGAAUCCAAGAUUCCCAUCAUCCUUGGAAGACCAUUCCUUGCCACUGCAAAUGCUUUGAUCAAUUGUCGUAAUGGUCUAAUGAAAAUAUCAUUUGGAAAUAUGACACUUGAGGUCAACAUUUUUCACAUUGGGAAACAACUUCAAGAGGAUGAAGAAUGUCAUCAAACAUUCAUGAUUGACAAUCUUGUUUCUGAAGAGAUUCAAUUGCAAAGAAAUUUCGUUAAUCUUGAUGAACUCCUCUCACGCCUUGAAAAUGAGAAUCCCGGUUUGUUGAGUCCGCUCUUGCUACCGUUGAUCAAUUGGACACACAAAACGUAG